GCUGUCCGUCCCGGUUCGAGUCUAAGCCCAAGUUCGAUCGAGUGGCGCGCGCGAGAGAUAUUUGUGCUUGUGGUGCCUCAGUGGACCCACGAUCGAUCCGGACCGUAGAGAAGAAACGGCUGAGAGGUACCAGACGAAGAAAGGCAACAGCAUUAGAGGAGAGCUAGUUUUUCUUAAUGGAAUGAAAUAACACGGCGAGUGGACCCCGUUGAGUUGAUUUGAGUGUUGUGUAUACGUGCGGGAACGGGAUCGAGCCAUUGUGAGAGACCUCGAGUGCGAGACAAGACAAGCGAUACAUUUUAAAUUAACACCGCGCAUUUAGAGCUCUGUUUGAAGAAAGGUAAAUUUUUCGCUCAGGAAUUUCGUCGAACGAGAGAUCAAAUUUUUGUGUGUGUCCUCGGGGUUGAAAAGAUCUGAUGAUCGAACAUGAAAUGUCGCAACAUUGUGACAAGUGGUAGUAGGCUGGGAAGCGCGUAAAAGUACCUGACUGAAAGUGCGUAACGUUGUGUCAAAGUAGUUCGCAACUGGGACCCGCGAUGGACCACGAUCAAUGGCGGAUGCUGCUGCUGCCACGAAUGAGUGGACCGUGUUGAUGUUGAGGCCAACGGAGAAAAGCAGUCGUUCAGGUCACUAGCCGACUGGGCCCUCUUUCAAGCAGUUGGAAAAUUGCAUAAAUUGGAACUUGCUGGGUGUGAAGUUGUCCUGGUCUGAUCGAUAGCGGAGAGAACAAGUAGUCGACCAACGCAAACAGGAACAAAAGGAAGAUACAGAUGAAGAAAAAACAGCCCCAAGAGUAGAAGAAAAGUGGAAUAUCUUUUCACGAAUGUUUGUAUACCGACCUUCUCAUCCUUGGCUCAGAGGAGUGAACAGCAGUGGGCUCAACACGUAGAAAGAAAUUUAUUUAUUUUCAUUUACAAUUACAAACGUGCUCGCGGUGUGUUCUUGUUGGGGGCCUCCCAGUCUUCUUCGUACUGUUCCGCUUGUGUGUCGCGUCUUCUCCUGCAUUUCGCUGGCAGUAUUUCCUCCGCGGCGAUGGUUAUUUUUUCCUUCUUUUCAUGAGAAAUAUCUCAUUAUAUUGUUUUAUACAGCUUGGCGCGAGCUUUGCGCAAAGUGAGUGAGCGCGGGAAAGAGAUAGCGAAACCCCCAUAUGGGAGUAGUGCGCGAGUGAAUGAAGAAGUAUAGCCUACAACCGAACCACCGAAGACCUCUGACGACUUUGGAAGACGUCGAAAUCGACGACGACGACGACAGCGGCUCGCAGGAGAGCGCAAAACAGUGUGGAUGUAAUACAAAGUGAAAUACAAAAAUAUUUUUAUAAUAAAAUAAAGUCAAACAGAGGAAAACGGAGAAAGAGUGUACAGCGAGAAAUGAUCGUGAAGAUCGUAGCAAACGGGUAGCAAAAGAGAGAAAAAACGAGGAGGCUGCAAGAAACGUGAAUUGAGUACAUGGGGUAAAAAAGUACGAGAAAGAAUUUUUUAAAAGGAAAUUUUUGUAGCUGCAAAUAGGAAUUUUAAUCACAAAAUUUUUCGGAUACAUUUUGAUUUUGCGUAUAUGAUUAAAACAAAGUGAGAUUAAAGUUAUAUGUAGUAUUCUCGCGUUUCCACAACUUUCGUGAGAUUUUUUUUCUGUGCAACUGCUGGUCGGCGUGAAUAUUGGCAGGAUUUGAGAAAGCUGCUUGAACCGAGCCGCUUUUUUUGGUGGAGGAAAGUUCGGUGAGACAGUGGCGGAAUUGGCAGCGAAGGAAUGAAAUCGAAAAAAUAGUGCGAGAAAAAAGUAGCAGUGCCAGUUUUCGGAUGUUCCCUUCUUUCUGAAUCACGGGGCCGUUUGCUUGUGCUUAGCGGAUAGAAAAAAAAAGAAGAAGGGAAAAAAGCUCAAGCCGAUCAUGAUGAUGAAGUGUUGAUUUGUUUCGAUUGCGGUGUGCAGCCUGCCCACGGAAAUAGAGAGAAAUAGCGUUAAGCUGCGGGAAGAUAUUUAAAUAAUAAGGAAGUGAAGAUUUCAUUCCCAGCCAGCGUCGGUGGCUCUCGGGUGGCGAAAGAGAAAAGAGAAGAGAGAAGAAAGUGCUGCAUCAGCUUUUGGAGUGGAUUUUGUUUUGCGCGCCGGGGCCGGUGUACGCUAAGAAUCCCAGGCAGGCCAAGGAAAACCCACGUCGUAAGAACAGAAAAGGCUUUGCCCGGCGAAGAAAUAGUAAUAAGCGGGAUUAAGGGAUUAAACGCUUCACUUCAGCUCAAAAUUAAGAUACAAUCAUCACCGCCACGACGACACCUCCCGCCACCAGACCACGGUCCACGCGAUGGAACCAGUUCAGCCCCGCCGGCAGCAACAUCCCCGCUCGGCACGUAGAAUCCACUCCAGUCGGUGAUGUCCACCGGAGCAGCACUCAGUCAGCUGCCACUAGUCAAUUCGCAUCACCAUCUCCACCACCACCACCACCACCACAAUCAUCACCACCGUUGUCUCCAUUAUCCGUAGCAAGCUUAGCCGGAACAAUGGCAGCGAAUAAGAAGAGCUGCUUCCGCUUUCGUCAUAGGAAAAUGACGCUCCUGUGGCUGUUACUCAUGAUAUGUGCCUUUGCCGGUGACAGUGGUGGAGGAGACACCGGAGGAGGCGGCGGCGGAGGAGUAAGGUUUUUACGGUUUGCCAGGGCAGAGCACGUGCGAGAAUUGGAAGUUUCCGAAGGGGUUCCCAUCGGUCAUCAAAUCGGAUUCAUUGGGGAGUUUUUACACGGAGUCGAUAGUGGACCGCCUUAUUUGAUAGUGCCGGUCCCUGGAAGUGCUGUCGAUACGGAAUUGGCCAUCGACCAUACCACUGGCGAGAUCCGAACGAAGGUCCCCUUGGAUAGGGAGAAACGAGCGUCCUAUUCGCUAGUGGCGAUUCCGUUGAGCGGAGAGAACGUUCGAGUUGUGAUACGGGUGCUGGAUGAAAACGAUAAUGCGCCCACUUUCCCGACGGCUCUGAUGAACAUUGAAUUUCCGGAGAACACCCCGCGGGAUGUGAAACGAACGUUGAAUCCGGCGAGAGAUUUGGACCUGGGACGGUAUAAUACUCAGCGAUACAAUAUCGUGUCCGGGAAUGUAAAUAAUGCCUUCCGGUUAUCGUCACACCGGGAACGCGACGGAGUUUUGUACUUGGAUUUGCAGAUCAACGGUUUUCUCGAUCGGGAAACCACCCCGGCUUAUAGUCUCGUUGUAGAGGCACUGGAUGGUGGUAAUCCUCCGCUGCGGGGACAGAUGACGGUUAAUAUAACGAUUCAGGAUGUGAACGACAAUCAGCCGAUCUUUAACCAGAGUCGGUAUUUUGCGACCGUUCCGGAAAAUGCUACGAUCGGGACGACGGUUCUACAGGUUUACGCUACCGAUCAGGAUGCUAGUGACAAUGGUUUAGUGGAAUAUGCGAUCAAUCGAAGACAAAGUGAUAAGGAUCAGAUGUUUCGGAUAGACCCGAACACGGGUCUGAUCUCUGUUAAUAAGCCGUUGGAUUUCGAAACGAAGGAACUUCAUGAACUAGUGGUAGUGGCAAAGGAUCGCGGUUUGCAACCGCUGGAAACUACCGCGUUUGUGUCGAUACGAGUGACUGAUGUGAACGACAAUCAACCGAUUAUAAAUGUGAUAUUUUUGAGUGAUGAUGCGACUCCGAAGAUUUCCGAGUCUGCUCAACCGGGAGAAUUUGUGGCUCGGAUUUCAGUGAAUGAUCCCGACUCGAAGACGGAAUAUUCGAAUGUGAAUGUGACGCUUUCCGGUGGGGAGGGUCACUUUGGGUUGACCACCAGGGAUAAUAUAAUUUAUUUGGUGAUUGUGUCCCUUCCGUUGGAUCGAGAAAUAAGACCAAACUACACGUUGAGUGUGGUGGCUACGGAUACCGGAAAUCCUCCGUUGCAUGCUGCGAAAACGAUUUUCCUAACCGUUACGGAUAUCAAUGACAAUGCGCCGGAGUUCGAAAAGGAAAUUUACCACGCGAAUGUAAUGGAAGUUGCCGAUCCGGGAACGUCGGUUAUUCAAGUGACCGCCCUCGAUAAAGACGAGGGCAAUAACUCGGCAAUCGCGUACUCCCUGCUGGACACACCCGAUACCCAUUCGCAGUGGUUCCAGAUCGAUGCCAACUCCGGACUGAUAACAACCCGGGCACACAUCGACUGCGAAACCGAUCCGGUGCCACAGUUGAUUGUGGUGGCAAAAGAUAAUGGCUUCCCACCGCUCUCGUCUACCGGCACCGUUCUGGUCACCAUCCACGACGUCAACGAUAACGAGCCGAUCUUCGACCAGAGCUUCUACAACGUCUCGGUAGCGGAGAACGAACCGAAAGGACGCUGCAUUCUGAAGGUAUCCGCUACCGAUCCGGACUGUGGCGUCAAUGCGAUGGUAAAUUACACCCUCGGCGAAGGCUACAAGAAGAUCACCGAGUUCGAGAUACGUUCCAGCACGGGCGAGGUUUGCAUCGCCGCCGAGCUGGACUACGAGACGCGCAAUUCGUACGAAUUCCCAAUCAUUGCCACCGAUCGAGGCGGUCUCAGUACAACUGCUAUGGUCAAAAUCCAGCUGACCGAUGUCAACGAUAACCGACCGAUGUUCUACCCCCGGGAAUACAACGUUUCGCUGAGAGAGUCCAUGCCUACUAAUUCGCUUCUAUCAACACCGGUGGUGGUCGUGGUCGCCACCGACUCCGACUCCGGUAGCUUCGGCACCAUUAGCUACCGGAUAGUAGCCGGCAACGAAGCCGGCAUAUUCCGAAUGGAUCGCCUAACGGGAGAGAUCUUUGUCGCACGGCCGAAUAUGUUGUCUAGCCGGAGUCAACCGUAUCACCGGUUGAACAUCUCCGCCAGCGAUGGUGGCGGACUGCGGUCGAUGCACGAUGCUGAGGUGUUCAUCAGUGUGAUAGACGCAACACAAAGACCACCGAUCUUCGAUAAACCACGGUACACGUACUACGUGAAGGAGGACGUCAAGAAAAAUACGGUUGUUGGUACAGUUUCCGCUACCAGCAGCAAUUCAGGGAGUCGAGGAUCGAUUCGGUACUUCAUAUACUCCGGUGAUCCAGAUGGUUACUUCGCGAUCGAUCCUGUCUCGGGUAACAUCCGAGUGGCCAGUACUUUGGACCACGAAACCAAGCCGCAGGUUCUGCUUAACAUACAAGCUACGAGUGGUGAUCCGCCAGCAUACGGGCAUACCCAGGUCAACAUCGAUAUCGAAGACGUCAACGAUAAUCCGCCGGAGUUCGAGUCCAGCACAGUUCGUAUUUCCGUUCCGGAAAAUGUCGAAAUCGGUUCUCCUCUGUAUGCAGCCAACGCCCACGACAAGGACUCCGGGAUGAGUGGUGUGAUUACUUACCGACUGAGCAACAACGGUCCGACGACAAGCAACCUUUUCAGUAUCGAUAGCCGAAGCGGACACCUCAGCUUAGCUCGGCCGUUGGAUUACGAAACUAUUCAACGGCACACGUUGAUCGUGACGGCUGCCGACUCCGGUAUUCCUUCGUUGUCUACUAAUCUUACCAUUCUAGUUGAGGUGCAAGACGUCAAUGAUAAUGCUCCUGUUUUUGAGAAAGUCGAAUACCUUAUAAGGGUAUUGGAGUCAACACCAAGCAACUCACAGAUUCUACAAGUCAGUGCGGUUGAUGCAGACACGGGAAACAAUGCUCGAUUGACGUACCGAAUUUUGGGAGACGAUCAUAAACCACGUUCCGGAAAGUCCUCGGCGAAUACUUUGGACGAAAGUAUACCGCAUAUCUUCGGUAUAUUCCCAAACAGUGGAUGGAUCUAUCUGCGGGCAAAACUCGAUCGGGAAGUUAAGGAUCGUUACAACAUCACUGUGAUAGUCAGCGACAAUGGAGUUCCAACACUGACAGCCACGACUCAUGUGAUCGUGACAAUUCUGGACGCGAAUGACAAUAGUCCGAUAUUUGCGAAGCAACUGUAUGAGUUCCAAAUUGAGGAAAAUAUGAGAAGAGGAUCGGUUAUAGGACUGGUUACGGCAAGUGAUGCCGAUGCUGGAAUUAAUGCCGUCGUUCGUUAUAGUUUGAUACCGAGUAAUACCAGCUUUCAGAUUAAUCCAGUGUCGGGUGAAAUUACAACGCGAGACAGUCUCGAUCGGGAGACAAAGUCCAGCUACGAUCUUGUGGUGGAGGCACGUGAUCAAGGAACUCCGUACCGUAGUUCGCGGGUUUCGAUUAAGAUAAAAAUCUUGGACGUGAACGACAAUGCUCCAGAUAUUGUCGAUCCGCAGGAAGAUGUUGUCAGCGUUCGUGAGGAACAACCGACCGGCACCGAGGUUGUCCGUGUACGUGCGAUUGAUCGCGAUUACGGAUUCAACGCAUCCAUUACCUAUUCCAUACUGAAGGGACGUGACUCCGAUGGUCAUGGUAUGUUUUCGAUUGAUCCACUAACGGGUUUAAUCCGUACGAAAGCUCCGCUGGAUCACGAAGAAAAAACAAUCUAUCGAUUGGCGGUUGCUGCAACGGAUAACGGUACUCCACCAAGGCAAACGGUUCGCUUGCUGAGAAUUGAGGUGCUGGAUUUAAAUGAUAACAGACCUACAUUCACCAGUUCUAGUUUGGUCUUUAGGCUUCGAGAAGAUGUCGGCGUAGGUCACGUAAUCGGGUCAAUCAGCGGUAGUGAGCAGUCGGAUUCGGAAAAUCUUAUUGCUAGUACGAAUGAUUUACACAUAACCUACACGCUGACUCCGUUGACCAAUGACAUUACUGAAGGAGCUUUCGACAUCGAUCGUAACUCCGGGAAGUUGGUUGUAGCGCGAUCACUUGAUCGCGAACAACAAAGCGAGUAUCGAAUGGAGAUCCGUGCUUUGGACACUAGUGCGAGCAAUAAUCCCCAAAGUUCCGCAGUUACGGUUAAGAUCGAAAUCGCCGAUGUAAAUGAUAAUCCACCAAAGUGGUCAAGCGACCCGAUCAAUGUCUACAUCGCCGAGGAUAGUUCCGUGGGUUCGAUUGUGUUUAACUUCACCGCUACGGACGCGGAUUCCGGGACGAACUCGGAAAUCAAAUAUAACCUAUCGAAAACGACUACAUCUCAGAAGGAACAUUUCUCGAUCGACUCACUAACGGGAUCGCUAACGCUACUCGCUACAUUAGACUACGAAGAUACCAAGGAGUUUCUACUAAUCGUUCAAGCAACGGACCAAUCAUCUAACGUAACUGAAAGGAUGACCACAUCCGCAACGGCUAGGAUCAUGGUUACCGAUGUAAAUGAUAAUUCUCCCGUCUUCGUUGUCCCUCAAGCUCAGGACGCAACGGUGUACAUCAGUGAUUCUUUGGAAGUUAACCAGAUUGUGUCGCAUGUAGUGGCAACUGAUCGCGAUAGUGGUGAGAAUGGCCGCAUCAUUUACAGGAUCAUCAGUGGAAAUGACGAUGAUCGUUUCGCUAUUGAUCCCGACACCGGAUUUAUUAGGAUGGCCAAGGCAUUCAGCAGCAACUUCAUUGCCGAAAGCCUGAAGAAUACGGUCACUGGGCGGUACAAUCUGGUGAUCGCGGCUUCCGAUCAGGGUAUGCCCAGGUCAAAAGAAGCUAAAAUAACUAUUCAAGUCGUGAUUCAAAAUACGACCAACAAUCCUCCCCGGUUCCUGGAGUCUGUCUACCACGUAAAUAUUACGGAAAAUGUUCCCGCAGGGAGCUUCGUGGUUCGUGUAUCGGCCAAAUCCUACAACGACAACGGAAAUGCCAAUCUAACCUACGAAAUUCCAAAAGGUACAGGAGAAGAUCACUUUGUAGUGGAUUCGGUGCGAGGAAUUGUAACGACCCGAGGGAUAUUUGACCGGGAAUCGAAGGAUAUGUAUACGAUUCCGAUCUAUGUGACGGAGCAAAAUCGAUUCAAGAGUGCGGCUUCUGGGACAUCAAAAGAUCUAAGUCAGUUUGACGUGGCUACGCUGGUUGUGAGGAUCAUCGACGUGAACGAUCAUGCACCGGAGUUUUUACCCGGGUCCUGUUAUCCUUUAGCCGUACCGGAAAAUAACGAACUUUCCGUUAUCCAUACUGUGGUGGCUAGUGACGUCGACGAAGGUUUGAAUGGGGAGAUCACCUACACUAUAUCCGGCGGCAACAUUGGCAAUAAAUUCAGUAUCGAUAUAAACACGGGUGCACUGACGGCUCGUCCGCUUGAUCGCGAGAUUCAUGCUCGAUAUGUUCUACAAAUCACCGCCCAAGAUCGAGGAUCACCAACAUCUCAUCAGGGUCAUUGCAACAUAACGAUUCGCGUGGAGGAUGAAAAUGAUAAUGAUCCGAAGUUUGAGCUUCAGAAAUAUAUUGCCACCAUCGAUGAGGACGCCCAGAUUGGAACGACAGUGCUAACGGUAAAAGCAAUCGAUGCGGACAUUGGAAUCAACGCUAGGAUCGUCUACUCGCUGGCUAACGUCACCGAGUGGUUGUUCGAUAUAGAUAGCAAGACUGGAGUGAUCACCACUGCUGGCAAUUUCGAUCGCGAACGUCAAAGCAUCUACAACUUCAUGGUUGUCGCGACAGAUGGUGGUCGUUACAACGCUCGUUUCCAGAGUGUAGCAGUGCAAGUCAUCAUUGCCGAUGUAAACGACAACAAACCGGUCUUCGACAAGUACCCGUUCAAGGAACAAAUUGGAGCACUUGUUCAGCCAGGUCAAACGUUACUACACAUUUCAGCGACGGAUGCCGAUCAGGGAAGUAACGGAGAAAUCGUCUACAGUUUGAACGACAAUCCAAAUAACGCAAAGUUUCGGAUCAAUCCAAACACGGGGGCGUUGAGUGCCGUGCAAUCUCUUGCUAGCGAGAACGGUCGUCUACUGCAUAUCGAAGUCACUGCCAGGGAUAAGGGAAACCCUCCACAGGUUGCCACCGGAUUGAUCGAGCUUCGAGUUGGUGAUCUGCAACAGGAACUGCCGGCUUUGCGUUUCCACAACACUUCCUAUAAGGUGAAUCUGGUUGAGAAUACUCCCGUGGGGCAUACGGUUCUGAAUUUAAACGCGGUUCGAAGUGAUGGCAGAAGACAAAAGAUCAUCUACAGUUUCGGCUCUGGUAACGAGGAUGGGACCUUCUCGAUCGAUGCUGUUACCGGUGAAAUCAAGAUAAGGAACUCCCACAACUUGGACUACGAACGCUUCAGCCGACUGAAGUCGGAUGGGAUUGAGUUGGUCGCCGUCGCUAGGACAGAUGGAAGCCCGCUUCUCUACGGAUACUGCACGAUCAAGGUUGACCUGCAAGAUGAGAAUGAUAAUGCACCUAGGUUUACUCAGCAGCAAUACUCGGCUUCGGUUUGGGAAGGUAACAACAAGGGAGCUUUCGUGAUCAAGGUCGGUGCCUUUGAUGCUGAUCAAGGAUCGAAUGCCCACAUCUUGUACCAUAUCGUCGAUGGUAAUCACGAUAAUGCCUUCAUCAUCGAACCCGCUUUUAGCGGAAUCGUCAAAACAAAUAUCGUGUUGGAUCGAGAGAUUCGAGACAAGUACAAACUGAAGGUGAUCGCAACCGAUGAAGGAGUUCCACAGAUGACCGGUACAGCGACGAUCAACGUCAACGUAGUGGAUGUUAAUGACAAUCAACCAACGUUCCCUCCCAACAGCAUUAUUAGUGUUAGCGAAGCUACCACCGUUGGAUCAGUACUAACCACGAUCACCGCCAACGAUGUAGACACCAAUCCGCCACUGACGUACAGCUUCGGGGACAGCCCUGACGAUGAUGCCAAGAACUACUUUUCAAUUGAUCGCUACAGUGGGAAGGUGAUCCUGAUCAAACCACUGGACUACGAAGACCGCCACGAGUUUCAGCUGAGAAUUUUAGCAUCCGAUUCGGCACACGUAGCCAGAACAACGCUAACCGUGCGUAUUACUGACGUCAAUGAUAAUCCACCGGUGUUCCAGCAGAUAACCUACCACGCAAUGCUUAAUGACGACACGGACAAUCACAACAACAACAACAAUAUCGCCAUCAUCUCGGUGAACGCCACCGACGCCGAUAGCGAGAACAAUGCCGCGAUUCGUUACGCCAUCACCCCACCUUCGUUGGGAUUCGCGAUCGACGAACUUACCGGUCUGCUGUUUGUCAACAUGAGCCAGGUGCACCGAACACACAGUGGAACAUUCUAUCUCACCGUCAUCGCGACCGAUUCCGGCCAUCCAGCGCUCAGCUCAUCGACCACCGUGCGUCUAGAGAUGAAAUCUAAGAGUAAGGCUAACCCACACUUCAUCCAGAAUCAGUAUAGGCUAUCGGUCAAUGAAGACGCCCCCAUCGGAACAGUUAUUACGAAUCUAAUCCCCAAAACGAUCGCCGAUCAGGUGGACGUAACCUCGAGUAUCGCUUUCGAGAUCAUCGAUGGUAAUGAGGAGAGUUUAUUCGAAAUUUCAUAUCCUUCCGGAGCGAUGCUUUUGGUUAAGUCCCUCGAUCGGGAAGCGGUUGACUAUUAUGAGCUCCGGCUGGUCGUUACCGAGCCGGGUUCCCGCUUGAUCUACAAAGGCAUGAAUCUAACAUCGGCUAUCCGGGUAACGAUCACCAUCGAAGACGCCAACGAUAAUGCCCCUGAAUUUCAACCCGGUCCGUAUGAGAUGUCUCUCAGUGAAUCCGCCCCGAUCAAGUAUUCGAUAGCGCAAAUUUCCGCCAUCGAUGCUGAUCUACCCAAUUCCCCCAACUCCGAAGUCGUCUACCAGAUCGUAUCUGGCAACGAUGGUGGUUUGUUCUCAAUCGAUUUGAUCACUGGCCUACUUUACAUCAACAACAAUCUGGACUAUGAUCGAGGUCCACUACAGUACAAUUUGGUGAUUCGCGCCUGUGACAGCCAUGUACUUCCCAAGUGUAGCGUUCACCCGUUCGUCAUAAAUCUAACUGAUGAAAAUGACAACGAGCCACAAUUCCCCGUUCCUGAAUAUCUGGAAUUUGUCGGUGAGAAUGAACCAGUUGGAAUCAGUAUCUUUACUGCCCGUGCUACCGACAUGGAUCGGGGCACAUACGGAAAUUUGAACUACUCGAUCGAUAACGCACUAACCAGCAGCUACUCAAACAUCGAUGACGGUUGGAAGUUGUUCAAAGUCGAUCCGAUCAGUGGUGUGAUCAAUUCCAAUGCCGUGUUUGAUUACGAAGAAAAACAUCGGUACUCCUUUACGCUGAGGGCGACCGAUUCCGGAGGUAAAUCAAAAACUGUUAAAGUUCGGAUUAUGAUCGAAAGUAGAGAUGAGUUCAGUCCACAGUUUACCGAGCGGACGUACCGAUUUUUGCUGAAGACUCCGAUGACUGGUCAUUUGCCCGUUGGAUACGUAGUUGGGCAUGUGACGGCUACGGAUCGAGACCGGGGACCAGACGGUAGGAUCGUGUAUCAGUUGACGACGCAGCAUUCGUAUUUCAAGAUGAACCGAACAACGGGUGCGAUUCUGAUCAAAAAGAAACUAGAUAACGUAGCUGCUUCUCUAGAGGCUGGACGAGAUAUCAGUUUAGUAGUAACGGCCAGUUCUGGACGACAAGGCUCUUUGACUAAUAUGACAGUGGUUGAGAUAUCGAUUGAUUCCUUAGGUCACACCAAGAACGACGCUGGCGAGGACUAUGGACAGUCAGAAUCCGUAUCGGCUAGUAAUGGACUAGCGAAUUGGGCCUUGGGGCUGUUGAUCUCAAUCCUUUUGGUUGUCAUCUGUGCGGCGUCUGUUUUUCUAUUUUUGCACAUGAGAAACCGCCAACAGAAGCAGGUCAAUAAAAGCGGACUUCAGUCAGAGUCAGUAGGACAUUCCAACAACUACGUUGAUCCCAGUGCUUUCGAUACGAUCCCAAUCAGAGGCAAUUCGAGUGGUACGAGUGGGGCUGGACAGUUUGCGCCUCCGAAAUACGAUGAGAUACCCCCUUACGGUGCUAGUUCCAAUUCCGGGGCUGCAACGACAUCGGAACUUUCCGGUUCCGAACAGUCGGGAUCGAGUGGUCGAGGAUCGGCGGAAGAUGAUGGAGAAGAUGAAGAAAUUCGGAUGAUCAACGAAGGCGGCCCCAUGCAACGGGACGCACUUCAGUUAGAUGGGAGAAUAUCGGAUGUUUCGGUACAGAACACGCAGGAAUAUUUAGCUAGGCUAGGAAUAGUAGAUAACGCGACAACAGGAAAUGCGUCUAAUUCGUCGAGAAGGUGUUCCGAGAGUAUAGGAUUGGGAAGCUCGAAGGAUGCUAUGCUUCAUCACACGCUACCGAUCGAUACUUUGCAUAUGUUUGACGACGAACACCGAGAGUCGGACUUAACUAACCUGAUCUACGCUAAAUUGAACGAUGUUACAAACAACAGCGAUCGAGCUAGUAGCGUAGACGAGACUGUAACAAAUGCCGGUAGUAUAGGUGCUGCUGUCGAUCACGUAAUGAUGGGCAACUAUAGCGACGUUCCCGUAGUCGGUGGCCAGCAGGGUAUUUCCAUGAACGGAUCACUCAGCUCGAUUGUACAUAGUGAAGAAGAACUGACGGGUAGUUAUAACUGGGACUAUCUGCUCGAUUGGGGCCCCCAGUAUCAACCGUUGGCGCACGUUUUCUCGGAAAUCGCCCGUCUCAAGGACGACACCCUCUCCGUUCAUAGUGGUAACAGUGGGACUUCCAGUGCCAAGAGCAAAAACUCGCUUCAUCACACAGUAAAAAACGUACCACCCCCCUUGCUAACCAACGUUGCUCCACGUUCCAUCAACGUACCGGUGUUUUCUGCUCGUGGAACCAGUAGCCAUCAUGGCCAAGCUCCCAACCAAUACCUGUUACCGCGAUCACCCAUAAGUCACGACUCGGCAGCUGGCUUCAGCACCUCUUCGGCCAUGUCACCCAGUUUCUCCCCAUCCCUGUCUCCCCUAGCAACACGGUCACCCUCAAUAUCACCUCAUGUGGUUUCGACCGGCGUUCCUACGUCACACCAUAUGGUUUCACUGCCCCGACCUCCCCAGCAGCGAGGCCAGCGAAAACCCUACUAAACGCACCCUUCCUAUUGGAGGGGGAACGCUUCGCGCCACAUGCUGUGAUCAUCGGCCUACUUUGCCCGCGUAUAUAUUUGGCAUGGCUGUUGUAUAGAUUAAGAAUGUAAAUACAUAGACGCUGCGUCGUUUCCGUGACAUUCCUCGAUGUAAACAGUGUACAGUUAACCUGAUUAGACGAAUUUUUUUUUUAAAUAACAAAACAAAUAGCGAAUAAGUUUUAACCUAAUCGCCAGCAAGUGCCUUUUUAGCAAACAAAUGAAAUCACUGUAAAUAGAGUAAUUUUAAUGGAGUGAUUUUAAAUAUUGUAAAGUGAAAUAUGCAGUAUUUACUUGGUUCCAGCUAGGGUCGGAAGCCCAAGUUAUCAAGCAAACAAUCGAAUUUUAAUCAAUUGCUUCUUUAGUGAAUAAGACUGUAAAUAUUCCCAGCUGUUAAAAUGAGUCUAGUGCAUUUUUUAUCAAUUGAAAUUCAGUAGAAUAUGUAGAACGAAAUGAGAUUUUGUUGUAAAAUAGACAAGUGUCAGAUUUUCUCGAGAAAAAGACUGUAAAGCUUUUCGUUUAAUGGAAAAAUAGAAUGUAUUUUAUCUAGUUCCAUGUAACAUUCCUGGAAGAGGGGAACAAGCAGCAUUUAACCGAGUUUCCUAGAUCGAAGCCCAUAGCAAAGUUUCGCACUCCAUUCUAGGGAAUAAGAAUAAACUUGUUCUAGGAAGUAAACAAAAUUCACAACUGUUCAAAGUUCUCUGACUGUAUUUAUAUAUUUUUCUAUUACAUAAUGGCCAUAUGUAAGCAGCGAAAGCGAUAAAAGUUUUAAAAAUAAAG